AUGAAAUCACUCCUUGAGGAACCAUUAACUAAAGCCACCAUUUGCACGGACUAUGUAGGACAUCUGAACGGUUUGCGAAGUGUAGCUUGUCUCAAUGAUGACAAAAUCUGGUCCAGUGGGAUGAAUAACAUCAUAAGCCUUUACAAUUUUCAGGGAGACCUGCUCAUUUCAGUUAGAACUAAGUCGGGAAGUAGGCCAACAGAUAUAGCAGUUACAAACACCGGGGAUCUAGUCUACACUGAUGAGGACGACAAAACUAUAAACAUUGUGAGAAAUAAAAAGAUAGAAGUUUUGAUUAAAUUUCAUGACUGGAGACCUCUCAAUGUGUGCAGUACCCCUUUCGGAAAUCUUCUAGUCUUAAUGGGGAGUGAUGAUUAUGAACAAACAAAGGUAGUGCGUUAUUCUGGUUCCACUGAAAAGCAGUGCAUUCAAAAUGACGAAAAUGGAAAAGCCUUCUUCUCGCCUGAUGACAGUAAAUAUUUAGCUGUAAACAGAAACCAAGAUAUUUGUGUAGCAGAUUACAGAGCUAAGAGAGUAGUGGUGAUCAGCGAGGCAGGAAAACUCCGAUUUACGUACACUGGUAGUACUCCUACAAUAGAGUCGUUUGAUCCAGUAGGCAUCACUACAGACAGCCUGAGUCGUAUACUGAUAGCAGAUGGACACUGUCACUACAUCCACAUCAUUGAUCAAGACGGACAGUUCCUCCGUUAUAUUGACAAUCUCAACUUACGUGGACCGUGGGGUUUAUGCAUUGAUACAAAUGACAACCUCUUCGUUGCAGAGUGCGACUCAGGAAAAAUAGAGAAAAUCCAAUAUUGUGUGAACACAGUUUGA